AUGCCAGCGUCAGACUACCAGCACAAACCAGGCGGAGCACUCAAGCUCAAGGGCAGCAGCAGCGGGGGCGCCGACAAGAAGAAGAAGAAAAAGUCGAGCUCGAGCAAGAAGGUCCGCCAGGAGGACGAGGCCGUCUUGUCGGGCGGAGGAGGGAGCGAGGGCAGCGGGAGAGACGAGGCUGGCGAGUUGUCGAGCGGCGCGGCGGGCUCUUCGACGGGUGUGGGCAAGACAGAGGCUCAGAGGCGGUUCGAGGAGGUCCAGCGCAAGCGGCUCCUCGAGAAGGCUGCGAAGGCUGCUGCCAAGUCGCACAAGGAGCGCGUCGCCGAGUUCAACGAGAAGCUCGAGAACAUGUCGGAGCACUACGACAUCCCCAAGGUCGGACCCGGUUAG